ACCAAAUGACUGGGCGACACACUAAUUUCUGCUCGCGCAAAAUCACCAAAUUUUUAUUUGUAUCUCGAACAUGGUGCGCACAGGUCACAACUGCGGUGACUUGAUAAACGGAAAAUAAAUACCUAUUGGAAGUGAAAAAAAAUAAAUUAUUUUAAAUAAUAAAUAUACUAGUUUGAAGUAGUGAUUUAAUAGUAGUGGAAGAGUAAAUGGACCAGCUGCUGCUAGCUUGUGCCUAAGCGAAAAAAAAAUUACAAUUAUAUACAUAUAUGAAUUAGCCGCCGUGCACACAAGACUUCGACUGAGUGAGUUUGGCAGGUGUGGAGAAUUAUGAAAAAAUGAAAAAUACAACAAAAUAAUAAUGAAAUAAAGAGCAAACGUUUUAGCCGUAUAUGUAAAAGCAAAAAAAAAAAAAUACAAAAAAACAACUGUUUGAGCAAGCAAAGUGUAUGUAGAGUGGGCUUAGUUAACGAGAAGCUACAUAGCUGGAACGGCGACGUUGACUUUGGCAGCGGCGAUAACGAUUGCGCGACUAGAGCAACACAUAAAGCUGACUACAGCAAUUCUCAAUGAAUGGAGCGCCACCAAAAUAAAAAUUGGCAAAAAAAUUACAAUAAAAAUUGCACAAAUUACACAGAGAUAACAACGGUAAAUGGUAGUAGAAAUACCAAACUCAAAAAUCUUAAAUUGUUUAUAGUAUCAUAAUUUCCUUAGAAAAAAAGACCGCGUGUUUGUGUGUGUAUUACGUGAGCAUACAUACCGUAAAUGAAAAAAAAAUGAAAACUUUUAAUAAAUUUAGCAAAAUAUGUGAAUAAUAAAUUGCAUGUGUGUGUUUGUAUAUGUGCGUUAGAUUAAUCACGCGAGAGCAGCUGUAUCAAAGCAAUCUAGAGCUAAUCUCGUUGUGUGCAAAGUGUUUCGCACAGCCGCCGCCGCCGCCGCUACUAUUGUGCGCUAUUAUCGCUGAAACCAACACAACAACACAACAGAUUUUUCCGGCGGCUGCCAGGAAACGAACGGUUAAUCGACGAACAACAACAACCACUAUAUGAGAAUUCUGCGCAGCUACAACAUGUACAAUAAUCGUCCUCAAAGCAGAUCUUAUUUCAACACACAGAAAUAGCAAACAAUUCCAACAACAACAAAAGCAGUAAAAUCAAAAGUAAGGACAUCCGAGCACUGUCGUUAAACCCCGUUACAAUUGGCGUUUCAUUGUAUUGUCGCUGCUUAUCUCAGCCGAACACUUUUAACUGGACGAACUGAAUUUUAUUUGGCAACACACUUAGCAGCAGAGUUUCCUUCAGAGUCGACAUAACAUUUUUUAUUGUUAUCAUUCAGUACGCUUCCCGCGAGCUCCAGCCCGAGUGGUGCAAUGAAACGAAGCAGUUUUGCGCUUGUGUCUUCAUGAGUACCGUUAUAAGUAUGUUUGUCUGAGUUUUCAAACUUGCACCAAUGCAUUGCUGUUGGUAUUUGUGGAGCAAAGAGUUUUGUGCGACGGAAUAUUUGUGAAUAGAAAUUGUUGUUGGCAAUAUGUUGAGCACGUCGACAUAUGUUUCGAUUGGACCGGUGGAGGUGCCGAAGGCACUGCAGGACGGCGAGAAAUUCAUUAAAUGGGAUGAUGACUCAGGCACUGGCACACCGGUCACCAUGCGUGUGGAUCCCAAAGGAUACUAUUUAUAUUGGAUUGAUCAGAAUAAUGAGAUGGACAUUUUGGACAUAGCGACCAUACGCGACACACGCACCGGUCCAUAUGCCAAGAAACCAAAAGAUUCUAAAUUACGUCAAAUUGUAACACUUGGCUCACAGGACACAUUGGAGGAGAAAACUGUGACCAUUUGUCAUGGUUGUGAUUUCGUUAAUGUAACAUUUGUGAAUUUUUGCUGUACCAAAAGGGAGAUUGCACAGCAAUGGUGCGAUGGCAUUAUGCGUCUGGCUUACAGUUUGGCCAGACUCAACGGCUCGGCCAAUACGUUUCUACAGAAGGCGCACACCAAACUCUGCCUGCAAGUGGACAAAACUGGCAAAAUUCCAGUGAAGAACAUCAUGAAAAUGUUCGCACAGAACAAAGAGGAUCGCAAGCGCGUCGAGAAGGCGUUGGACAUGAGCGGCUUGCCGUCGGGGAAAAUUGAGACUUUGUCCUUGUCGAAGUUUCAUUUCGAGGACUUUUUCAAUUUGUACAAGAAUCUCACGCAACGCAGUGAAGUGGAGAAAAUAUUCGAUGGCAUCGUUGGCAACUCCAAACGCAAAUGCAUGUGCAUCGCCCAACUUGUAGAGUUUCUCAACAAAACCCAACGUGAUCCACGACUGAACGAGAUUUUAUAUCCUUACGCGAACGCCACGCGUGCCAAGGAGAUUAUACAGGAAUACGAGCCGAAUAAGUUCAAUGCGCAGAAGAACCAGCUUAGUUUAGAUGGUUUUCUGAGGUAUCUAAUGUCCGAUGACAAUCCAAUUGUGGCGCCUAGCAAACUGGACUUAUGCGAUGACAUGGAUCAGCCAUUAUCGCAUUAUUUUGUAAAUUCCUCCCACAAUACAUACUUAAUAGGACAUCAGUUGACAGGCAAAUCGUCGGUGGAAAUUUAUCGUCAAUGCUUGUUGGCCGGAUGUAGAUGCGUGGAAUUGGAUUUCUGGAACGGUCGCACUGAUGAGCCAGUCAUUGUGCACGGCUACACGCUCGUUCCCGAAAUUAAUGCCAGAGACGCGCUGGAGGCGAUUGCCGAGAGCGCAUUCAAAACAUCGGAGUUUCCUGUGAUAUUAAGUUUCGAAAACCAUUGCAAUCCAAGGCAACAGGCUAAAAUCGCCAACUACUGUCGUGAGAUAUUCGGUGAUAUGUUGUUAGAUAAACCGCUAGAUUCACAUCCGCUAGAGCCCAAUGUUGAUUUGCCGCCACCAUCAUUACUUAAGCGUAAAAUUAUCAUUAAGAAUAAACGAAAACAUCAUCACCAUCAUCGGCACAAGAAGGGCGGCGCAGCAGCGGCGGCCACCAUAACGGUCAGCAAAUUGUCGACGGCGAACUCAGUUGAUGCAUCCAGCAAAGCAACGGCAAAUCAUGCCACCACACCAUCUGCCAUACAGCAACAGGUCUCCGUGCAGGGUGAAAGUGCAGCAGCAGCGACUGGCGGUUCUGCAUUGUCCACCCCAGUGUUGACUGGUAAUGGGGAUAUUAGCAGCACAGUGUAUCCGCCACCACUGCAGCAAAUUCGUCAGAAUUCUAAGGACAGCACUGGCUCUUCGGAUACGGACAGCUCCAGCGAUGAUGAGUCUUUGCCGAAUGUAACACCCAAUCCACCUGUGGGCGCCGAUCCAACGGCAGAGAAGCCACAGAAGGAAACUGAAGCGGCUGCUGAGCUCUCGGCGCUGGUCAAUUAUGUGGAACCGGUGCAUUUUUAUACAUUCGAAAGUGCGGAAAAAAAAAAUCGCUGCUACGAAAUGUCCUCCUUUGAUGAAAAACAGGCUACAGCGUUGCUUAAAGAGCGCCCAAUUGAGUUCGUCAACUACAACAAACAUCAGCUGUCGCGUGUUUAUCCGACCGGUACACGCUUCGAUAGCUCCAACUUCAUGCCACAGCUCUUCUGGAAUGCCGGCUGUCAGCUGGUGGCGCUCAACUAUCAAACCUUGGAUUUGGCUAUGCAAUUGAAUUUGGGCAUAUUCGAGUACAAUGACCGUUCGGGUUAUCUGCUGAAGCCCGAAUUCAUGAGACGCACCGAUCGGCGGCUGGAUCCGUUUGCCGAGAGCACGGUGGAUGGCAUCAUAGCUGGUACUGUGUCCAUUACGGUGCUGUCGGGACAAUUUCUAACGGAUAAACGUGUGGGCACCUAUGUGGAAGUGGAAAUGUUUGGUUUGCCCGCGGAUACAGUGAGAAAACGUUUUCGUACACGCAUUGUACGCGAUAAUGGCUUGAAUCCGGUGUAUGACGAGGAGCCUUUUGUGUUCAAAAAGGUGGUGCUGCCCGAGCUUGCCAAUAUACGCAUUGCGGCUUAUGAAGAGGGUGGCAAAUUCCUGGGUCAUCGUGUGCUCCCCGUUAUUGGCUUAUGCCCUGGCUAUCGUCAUGUCAAUCUACGCACCGAAUUGGGUCAACCCUUGACGCUAGCAUCGCUGUUUCUAAAUAUUGUUGUUAAGGAUUAUGUGCCCGACGAUCUUUCGAAUUUCGCCGAGGCUUUAGCUAAUCCAAUUAAAUAUCAAAGUGAAUUGGAGAAACGCGACAAACAGCUAGCCGUGCUGACUGAGGGCACCGAACCGAUCUCAUCGGACGAGGACAUAACCAAUUCAUUCGUUUUUGUACAAGUAGGUGGCCAGAAGAAGGAGCUACGUCCCGUCGAGUCGACAACAAUGAGUCCGAAGCACCGCGCCAGUAUUACCACGGCCAAUACCGCCAAUGUCGAUGCAAAUACUGGCGUGGAUCAAGACACCGCCGAUGCAGGCACCGCUGGCGGUCCGGGUUUUACACAUCAGCAUUCGCUUGAAUCUACUGCGCAGACCUCUAUCAGACAGGUGGAGUCGUCGUUCGAUGUGGAGCUGGUGCGCGCAGAAACACUGGAUAAGAUACUCGACAAUAAGUUGGUGCGUGAAAAGCGUUUUGAGAUGGAGAAAAAACUGGAAUCAUUGCGUAAGAAGCACGAUAAGGAGAAGACCAAAAUCGCUAUGCAAAAGUCUAGUCCGAUGGAUGGCAACAAAAAGCCGAUGUUCAAUAUUGCCAGCAAGUUAAAGAAACGUCUCAGCAAUAAGAAUCUUAAUUGUCUCUCCACUAGCGAUACGGGUGUGGAAGUGCCGCCAUGCUUUCCGGAUAUUGGUGAUCUCAACGAGGACUGUGUGGAUGGUGCCACUAGUAGUGGUGGCGAGAGUCCCGCACUGGUGACACGGUCACAGCAGGAGCGUUUACUUGCCUCUUGUAGGGAGUAUUCAACGCAGUAUCGUGACAUACAGGAGAAGUAUCAUGAGGUAAUCUAUGCGCUGGCGGACAAGGUGUUGCGUACUUCGCAGGCAAAUCAAAUGAAACAACUAAAAGCCUCGCUGGAUCGUGUCACUUCGGAGGUAAUGCAUCAGCUGCAGGAGGCGCGUCGCACGGAGGUGAAAAACUUGUCUUCAGUGCAUCGUGAUCGCGAUGAGUUGGUUAGAAUGAAGCGCGAAGUGGCGAGUUCGGUGGUGGAGCGUGGUGUCGCUGAGCGCGUGCGUCUGAAGCAAACCUACGACAAACGUACCGAUGACCUGCAAAAACAACACGAAGCCGUGAGGAAUGCAUUGACCGAGCAUCGAAACAAGGCCCGACAAAUACUCGAAAAGGAAGCUGAAUCUCGUACUUGCAUCAUCAGCAAUGGAUUUUUGGUGCUCUUCAGCAGCGGUGGCGCCGCUGCCACCACAUCGGCCACAAGCAAUAAUCUCACACUGAAUUUAAAUGGUGGCAACACCAUAUCACCGGCACGUUCGAGCAACAGCAUCACGAACAGCACCAGCGCGGUCAGGAACAAAGACGAUUUGGGUGGUGGAGACGACGAAACUGGCGCGAAUGCUUUGGCUGGUGCGGCGGCUGGCGUUUAAGCGCUGCCCAGAAACACUACGGUAUAACAGUAUUUGCACUUGCGUGUCAAAAGCAAGGCGAAAAAGUUGAAAAUCUAGCGUAUAAGUAAAGAAAACCAAAAGGUGAAUUUAAAGUAGUCAACAUGUUGUGUGUGCAUAAAUAUGGGUGCAAUAGCAAGUAGAGUAGUAAGGGUAUAGCAUUGGAAAUCACUGGGUAAAUUAAAAUUAGUUUAAAUGGAAUAAAACUACAAAAGUGUUAUCUAAUAUCUAAAUGUUGGUUGUUUAUGUGAACAAAAUAAAACUAUUUAUAAAUGCUAAUUGUUAAUGAAUAACUGUAACUGUAUAUGUGUAAAUGUAUGUAUGUACUGUGUAGAGCAUAAAUUAAUACUAAAAUGAAAUUCUCCAAAAUAAUUCAACAUACAGUUAUUACAUGACUCUGCAGUACAUUUAAACUGUUAGUUAAUAGUGAAUACAC